UGUUCCUCUCUGAUCUCCAGGCUGAACUCCAUCGAUGUGAAGUAUCAGAUCUGGAAGUUGGGUGUGGUCUUCACAGAUAACUCGUUCCUGUAUCUGGCCUGGUACAUGAGCAUGUCUAUCCUCGGUCACUAUAAUAACUUCUUCUUCGCUGCUCAUCUGCUGGACAUCGCCAUGGGCUUCAAGACCCUCAGGACCAUCCUCUCCUCCGUCACACACAACGGCAAACAGCUGGUCCUGACUGUCGGUCUGCUGGCGGUUGUGGUGUAUCUCUACACUGUAGUGGCUUUCAACUUCUUCCGUAAGUUCUACAAUAAGAGUGAAGAUGGAGAAUCGCCAGACAUGAAGUGUGACGACAUGCUAACGUGCUACAUGUUCCACAUGUAUGUGGGUGUUCGCGCCGGCGGAGGAAUCGGGGAUCAGAUCGAAGACCCGGCCGGAGACGAGUACGAGAUCUAUCGCAUCAUCUUCGACAUCACCUUCUUCUUCUUCGUCAUCGUCAUCCUCCUGGCCAUCAUUCAGGGCCUGAUCAUCGAUGCGUUCGGCGAGCUGAGGGACCAGCAGGAGCAGGUGAAGGAGGACAUGGAGACCAAGUGCUUCAUCUGUGGGAUUGGAAACGAUUACUUCGACACGGUUCCUCACGGCUUCGAGACACACACUCUGCAGGAACACAAUCUGGCCAACUAUCUAUUUUUCUUCAUGUAUCUCAUCAACAAGGAUGAAACCGAGCACACAGGCCAGGAGUCGUACGUUUGGAAAAUGUACCAGGAGCGUUGCUGGGAAUUCUUUCCCGCUGGCGACUGUUUCCGGAAACAAUACGAGGACCAGCUCAAUUAAACACACACACACACACACACACACACACACACGGAUGGCUCUCUUCAGUGGCGCUUCUUUUGACUCGCAGUGAAUAUUUGAAGUUUACAGCUGCACCUGAAGAUCCACGCUUUCCUGCCAUCCGACGCUUCUUCAUUUCAUUAACAAACUCAAAGACUAAUAGAAGAGGAGGAGGAAGAGGAUGAGGAAGAGGAGGAGGAGGAGAGCGAGCGCUGCACGUCUCUUUCGACGGAUCCGGUGCCUUAUGCAAGAUGAAGAAGAGGCUCCCUCAGCAGACUUACACUUUAUAUAGAACAAUAUCCUUCAGAACAAUCUUUCAUUGCAUGUUUAUUAUGCAAGUUUAAGGAAACAUUUGAAACGUAAAGAUGCAAGCUGAUCUAUAUCACAGUUUUAUAGGUUUAAGAACAUUUAAGGUGUCUCUGUCCUUUCACAAUAUUAUAUCACGGACUUUCCUGUCGUUCGCCAAGAAUACGUCCAAUUCCCAUUCGCACUAGAUUUAGUUUGAUGCAGAAGCAAUACCCAUUCAGGGAGUCCACCCUACACCCUAUACACUACACACUACACCCUAUACACUACACACUACACCCUAUACACUACACCCUAUACACUACACCCUACACUAC